AAAAGAAAAGAAAAAAUAAAUAUCAAAACAAACAAAGGAAAAGCAAUUUCUCCUCUCCUCAAAUUUCAACGCUUUCUUUACGUCUCUUUAAUUCUCCCACGAAGAUUCAGAUUCCGGUCAGUCCUCGCCGGUAAAUACCUCCGUCACCGGCGAAUUUCGUCUCUCGUAGAUCGCAAUGAAUCCAGAAUAUGACUACCUGUUUAAGCUUUUGCUCAUUGGUGAUUCUGGUGUUGGGAAAUCAUGUCUUCUUCUGAGGUUUGCUGACGACACAUAUCUGGAAAGUUACAUAAGCACCAUUGGAGUUGAUUUUAAAAUUCGUACGGUAGAGCAAGAUGGGAAGACUAUAAAACUUCAGAUUUGGGAUACAGCUGGACAAGAACGCUUCAGGACCAUCACUAGCAGCUACUAUCGUGGAGCCCAUGGCAUAAUAGUUGUGUAUGAUGUGACAGAUCAGGAGAGCUUCAAUAAUGUAAAACAGUGGCUGAAUGAAAUUGAUCGUUAUGCUAGUGACAAUGUUAACAAAAUUCUUGUUGGGAAUAAGGCUGAUCUUACUGCAAAUAGAGUUGUCUCUUAUGAAACGGCUAAGGCAUUUGCUGAUGAAAUCGGUAUUCCAUUCUUGGAGACCAGUGCUAAAGAUGCUACAAAUGUGGAACAGGCUUUCAUGGCUAUGACUAGUGCUAUCAAAAAUAGGAUGGCAAGCCAACCCUCAAAUUCUGCCAAGCCUCCGACAGUGAAUAUCCGCGGACAGCCGGUGACACAGAGUGGUGGCUGUUGCUCAUCCUGAGUACCAAAUAUUGUUUGCUACUGUAAUAUUUCCUUUCCUGUCUCUGUCUUUGUCAUGUCUAUUUGUGGUCUGAUUGAACAUUAGGGAAGUUUGCUUCUGUCCCAAAUAUAUUUUUUAAGUCUGCAUUUUGUGUUUGUCGAAUAGUUUGUAAUUCUGAACAUGUCAAUAUUAGCAUUAUUUUAUCGAUGUUCCUUUGACA